AUGGCGCGCUGCGCCGUGCUCGCAGCGCUCGCCGCCGUGGCGCUGCUAGUGGGCGCUGCGAACGCGGCGUCCGUGGAUCUGUGCGGUGACAUCGAGGUCGACAUGACUCUGUUUGCGGUCGAUGAUGUCGAGCUCACGUGCCAGACGUUCGUGAAGUCCGGUGCGACGCUGACCAUCGAGGGCGGCACCACCAUCAAGGCCGUGGAGGUGGCUGAGGGCUUCGACGCGCCCGCGCUCGUCAUCGAACGGGGCGCAAAGAUCAUGGCGGAGGGUACGGCCGACGACCCCAUCACCUUCACCACUGCCGACAGCUCUCUGGACCCUGACGCCGAGGACUUCUCCGCGGAGAAGGCGUGGGGCAAGUGGGGUGGUCUCAUCAUCCUUGGGUCCGCCCCCCUAACGCUCGCUGAGGGCGAUGAGAACUCCGUGGAGGGCCUGCCGCAAGGCAAGGGUCUGUAUGGUGGUGACGAUCCCGACGACAACUCGGGUGUGCUCAAGUACGUGCGCGUCUGGUACGGCGGCUCCGUCAUCGGUGAGAACAACGAGAUCAACGGCAUCACCUUCGCGGGUGUUGGAGCUGGCACCACCGUCGAGAACAUAGAAGUCGCGUACAACUUGGAUGACGGCAUAGAGUUCUUCGGCGGCACUGUGAACGCCAAGUACCUCUCCGUCCUGUUCUGCGGCGACGACGCCAUAGACACGGACGAGGGCUAUUCCGGCAAGAUCCAGUUCGUGUUCAUCGUGCUGGGCCGCGGCGGACACCAUGCCUUCGAGAUGGACAGCAUCCUCGACGGCGGCGACGCCGUCACCCCGCGCUCCUUCCCCCAGGUCUACAACGUCCUCAUCGUGGGCGGCUCCUCCGAAGUGGACGCCCCCUCCUCCGACGACCAGCUCUCCGGCCUCAUGCGCUUCCGCGAGGGCACCGCCGGCUCGUUCGGAAACAUCGUGAUGGUGAACGUCGGCGAGCACGGCGUCCGCAUGAACGACUGCGCGGAGGUGUUGAUCAGCCAGGACGGCGACGACGUCGGCCCCAACACCCUGUGGUUCUCCGCCAACAACAUCAUCGCCGCUGUGGACGAGCCCUUCAACCUUGACGACGGCUGCGAGGGCCUGGAGUCGCGCUCUGAGGCUGCACCUGGAUUGACGAUGGUGGGGAGCGUGAUCGACGAGAACGUGGCGUUCAUCGACCCGCGGCCCGUGUCGCGCGGCAGCGCCGUGUUCAACAGCGUGGAUGAGCUCCCCGACGACGAGUUCUGGACCCCCGUCGACUUCCGCGGUGCCUUCGACGAGGACCUCUGGAUUUCGGGCUGGUCCUUCCUGGACGACUUCGCCAGGAUCCCCGACAACAUCCCCGGCAAGAUCUUGGACGGGGACGUCGAGGCCGACACCACCUGGAGCGCCGACACUGUGUACCUGCUCACGGACCAGGUGUUCGUCAAGGACGGCGCUACGCUGACCAUCCAGGCCGGCACCACCAUCUUUGCGUACAGCGACAACGGCGCAGGCAAGGCCCCCGCGCUCGUCGUGGAGCGCGGCGGCCAGAUCAUGGCCGAGGGCAACGCCGAUGCCCCCAUCACGUUCACCUCCGCUCUCAACGCCAGGCACCUGCCCAGGAGGGGCACCUGGGGUGGUCUCAUCAUCAACGGUAAUGCGCCAAUCUCAACGGAGGGCGGAUCCAACGAGGUGGAGGGGCUGGAGGGCGUGCCCUAUGGUGGCAGUGACCCAACCGACAACUCGGGUAUCCUGCAGUACGUGCGCGUGUGGUACGGCGGAGAGGCGAUCGCUGCCGACAAUGAAAUCAACGGUAUCACCUUCGCCGGUGUGGGCAGCGGCACCACUGUGGACCACAUCGAGGUUGCGUACAACUUGGACGACGGCGUGGAGUUCUUCGGCGGCAGCGUCAACGUCAAGUACUUGUCGGUGCUCUUCUGCGGCGACGACGGCAUCGACACGGACGAGGGCUACAGCGGCAAGAUCCAGUUCGCGGUGGUGGUGGUGGGCGAGGGCGGGCACCACGCCACGGAGAUGGACAGCGACGGGAGCGACCCCGACGCCAAGCCGCGCUCGUUCCCUCAGAUAUACAACGCGCUCUUCGUGGGCGGCAGCGGCAACCCCGCUUCGGAGAGCUCCGACGACCAGCGCGAGGGCCUCAUGCGCCUCCGCGAGGGCACCGGCGGUGAGUUCGGCAACCUCAUCCUCGCGAACGUGCUUUCCGUGGGCGUCCUGCAGAACGACUGCGGCCGCGAGGCCAGGACGCACAUCCUCCCGGCCGGCGGCGUGCCCAACUACCUGUGGUUCAGCAGCAACAACCUGAUGGCGGGCGAGGUCGAGGUGCCGUUCGUGACGGAGGGCUGCGAGGGGCCGAGACUAAGGAACGCUACGCUCGUCGAGGAUCUGGGGCUCGUGCUGCUGCCGUCGGGCCUGAAUGAGGACACCGCGUUCUUCGACCCAAGGCCUACGGAAGACGGACCAGCGUACAAGGCCGUGGACGACGUCCCGUCCGACGGCUUUUUCGAGUCCGUGGCUUACAAGGGUGCCUUCGGGCGUGAGAUGUGGCUGGCGGGGUGGUCGUGGCUGAGCGAGGCCGGCAGGAUCCCCAACGACGUCUGGGGGCCGGUGUUGGCGGAAGACGUCGCUCAGGACACGACGUGGCGCAGCGCGGACACCUACCUGCUCACCCGCCAGGUGUUUGUCAAGCCCAACGUGACGCUCACCAUCGAGCCUGGGACCACCAUCAUGGCGUACGCGGACGACGGUGAAGGCAAGGCCCCAUCGCUGAUUGUGGAGAGGGGCGCACAGAUCAUCGCCAAGGGGAGCAGCUCGCGGCCCAUCACGUUCACGGCUGCGGCGCACCCCUCGCUGCUCCCCGCCCGCGGCAUGUGGGGCGGUCUCAUCGUCCUUGGGAGCGCGCCUAUUAUCGGCGGCGAGAGGGAGGUGGAGGGCAUCGACGGCAAGAAGUACGGAGGCAGCAACGUGGACGACAACUCGGGCGUCCUGUCGUACGUGCGCGUGUGGUACGGCGGCAGAGUGGUGGGCGCGAACAACGAGAUCAACGGCAUCACGUUCGCGGGCGUCGGCCGCGGCACAGAAGUCAGCCACAUCGAAGUCGCGUUCAACCUCGACGACGGCGUGGAGUUCUUCGGCGGCACGGUGGAUGCCAAGUACGUGUCCGUCCUGUACUGCGGCGACGACGGCAUCGACACGGACGAGGGCUACCAGGGCAGGCUGCAGUUCGUGUCGGUGCUGGUGGACAGCAGGGGCCACCACGGCGCGGAGAUGGACUCCAAGCUGGGCUCGGACUCGGGCGACCCGCAGCCACGCUCCUUUCCGCGCCUCUACAACGCGCUCUUCGUGGGAUCGGAGAACAGCGACCCAUCGCCCGUCUCGUCGGACGACACGGAACUGGCCAUGAUGCGGCUGCGCGAGGCCACGGGGGGCGAGUUUGGCAACAUCGUGAUCGUCAACGCGCCGGUGGGCGUGUUCCAGGAGCAGUGCGGCUCGGAGGCGAUCACGCAGGACCUGGACGCCGCCAGGGCGAUCCCCGAUCUCGGCUCGAACUACCUGUGGUUCAGCGCGAACAACGUCAUCAGCGGCGCCAGGCGCCCCUUCUCCGUGGCGCAGGGCUGCGAGGGUCUGGGCGCGGCCGACACCACCAGCGACACGCUCCUGCAGGCGAUCCCCGUCAUCGUCGACAACGCGUCGCGCGUGGACCCCCGCCCGAGGCCCGAUUCUCCGCUCACCGAUUUGUGGGACCCCGUUCCCGACGACGGCUUCUUCGAGCGCGCCGACUACAGGGGCGCCUUCAGCCCCGACGUGGGGCAGUUCUGGCUGGGCGGCUGGUCCUGGCUGUUCGACAACGGCCGCCUGGCCUUCGAGCUCAGCGACUCGCAGCUCGCGGCGCUGGAGCGCCAGUUCCCCGAGCUUCAGGACCAGCUGGGCGCCGAGGGCGGCGGCGCCUCGUCCGGCAGCAGCGCUGCAGGGGUGGCGGGCGGCGCAGUUGCCGCCGUGGUGGCGCUCAUAGCCGUCGCGGUGGGCGUCAUCUUCUACGUGCGCUCGCGCAGGUUCCAGAAGAAGUACGAGACGCUCAUGGAGGGGCGGCCCGACUCGUCGAUCCCGGAGACUGAGAUGGCCAAGGGGGUGGCCCUGUAA